UUUGGCCUUGUGGGGAGGUGUAGCAGGUCGGUAGAGGGAGACUGUGCUGGCGGAAGAGGCUCGGCGGCUGAUGGCGGCUCAGGCUCGGAAGCCUCUCUAACAUUCCCCUCUCCUCAAGAGUUCCUCACUCGAUUCGCAAUGACAUCCUUUCAAGAAGUUCCACUGCAGACUUCCAACUUUGCCCAUGUCAUCUUUCAAAAUGUGGCCAAGAGCUAUCUUCCUAAUGCACACCUAGAAUGUCAUUAUACCUUAACUCCAUAUAUCCAUCCCCAUCCAAAAGAUUGGGUUGGUAUAUUCAAGGUUGGAUGGAGUACUGCUCGUGAUUAUUACACGUUUUUAUGGUCUCCUGUGCCUGAACAUUAUGUAGAAGGAUCAACAGUCAAUUGUGUGUUAGCAUUUCAAGGAUAUUACCUUCCAAAUGAUGAUGGAGAAUUUUAUCAGUUCUGUUAUGUUACCCAUAAGGGUGAAAUUCGUGGAGCAAGUACACCUUUUCAGUUUCGAGCUUCUUCUCCAGUUGAAGAGUUGCUUACUAUGGAAGAUGAAGGAAAUUCUGACAUGUUGGUGGUGACCACAAAAGCUGGCCUUCUUGAGUUGAAAAUUGAGAAAACCAUGAAAGAAAAAGAAGAACUGUUAAAGUUAAUUGCUGUUCUGGAAAAAGAAACAACACAACUUCGAGAACAAGUUGGAAGAAUGGAAAGAGAACUUAACCAUGAGAAAGAAAGAUGUGACCAGCUGCAAGCAGAGCAAAAGGUUCUUUUUGAAGUCUCACAAAGUUUAAAAAUGGAAAAUGAAGAAUUUAAGAAGAGUUACAAUGAUGCUACAUCCAAAGCCCUCCAGCUUGAGGAAGAUAUUGUGUCAGUCACACAUAAAGCGAUUGAAAAAGAAACUGAAUUAGACAGUUUAAAGGACAAACUCAGAAAGGCACAAUAUGAAAAAGAACAGCUUGAAUGUCAGUUGAAGACAGAAAAGGAUGAGAAGGAACUUUAUAAGGUACAUUUGAAGAAUACAGAAAUAGAAAAUACCAAGCUUGUGUCAGAGGUCCAGACUUUAAAGAAUUUAGAUGGGAACAAAGAAAACAUGAUUACUCAUUUCAAAGAAGAGAUUAGCAGACUGAAGUUCUGUUUGACUGAAAAGGAGAAUCUACAGAGGGCUUUCUUGCUUACAACCUCAACUAAGGAAGAUACAGUUUUUUUCAAGGAGCAACUUCGUAAAGCAGAGGAACAGGUUCAGGCAACUCGGCAGGAAGCUGUCUUUCUGGCUAAAGAACUUAGCGAUGCUGUAAACGUGCGGGAUAAGACGAUGGCAGAUCUGCACACUGCACGCUUGGAAAAUGAGAGAGUGAAAAAGCAGUUAGCUGAUGCAGUGGCAGAGCUUAAACUAAGUGCUGUGAGAAAAGACCAGGAAAAGACUGAUACACUGGAACACGAACUGAGAAGAGAAGUUGAAGAUCUGAAACUUCGUCUUCAGAUGGCAGCAGAUCAUUACAAAGAAAAAUUCAAGGAAUGCCAGAGGCUCCAAAAACAAAUAAACAAACUUUCAGACCAAUCAGCUAAUAACAGUAGUGUCUUCACAAAGAAAAUUGGGAGUCAGCAGAAAGUGAAUGAUGCCUCAAUAAACACAGACCCAGCUACUACUGCCUCUACGCUUGAUGUAAAGCCACCACCUUCUACAGCUGAGAUAGAUUUUGACAAUCUAACUAAGGGACAAGUCUCUGAAAUGACCAAAGAAAUUGCUGCAGAAAAGUAUAAUAAAUGUAAACAACUCUUGCAGGAUGAGAAAACAAAAUGCAAUAAAUAUGCUGAUGAACUUGCAAAAAUGGAGCUGAAAUGGAAAGAACAAGUGAAAAUUGCUGAAAAUGUGAAACUAGAACUAGCUGAAGUAGAGGAGAAUUACAAACUUCAGUUGGCAGAGAAGGACGAAAAGAUAAAUGGUCUAACUUCAUAUUUGGAAAACCUCUCCAGGGAGAAGGAACUUAAAAGGAGUAUAGAAAAUCAAGCAGAAAGGAAAUUGGAGGGUCAGAAUUCCCAGAGUCCUCAGCAGAUCUCACAGUGUUUCAACACAAGCUCAGAGCAAAAUGGUCAUGUUCCUGCAGUGCCAGAUACACAACCAGUUCUGCAGUUUGGUAAUCCUUAUGCAACACAGGAAACAAGAGAUGGAGCAGAUGGUGCUUUUUACCCAGAUGAAAUCCAAAGGCCACCUGUGAGAGUACCCUCUUGGGGACUGGAAGAUAAUGUUGUCUGCAGCCAGCCUGCCCGAAAUCUAAGUCGACCUGAUGGUUUAGAAGACCCUGAGGAUAGUAAAGAAGAUGAGAAUGUGCCCACUGCCCCUGAUCCUCCAAGUCAGCAUUUACGUGGCCAUGGAACAGGCUUUUGCUUUGAUCCCAGCUUUGAUGUUCAGAAGAAAUGUCCACUCUGUGAAUUAAUGUUCCCUCCCAACUACGAUCAGAGCAAAUUUGAAGAACAUGUUGAAAGUCACUGGAAGGUGUGCCCAAUGUGCAGCGAGCAGUUCCCUCCUGACUAUGACCAGCAGGGGUUUGAAAGGAGCAGAAUUCAUGUAUCGUUGGAAUCCUUUAAAAGGUGUGAGUCUAGGGCAAAACAGUAUUGGGCAGUCAGAUAUCAGGACAUGGCAGACCUGGGAUGCAGCGGUAAUGAAGACUCCAUGUUUUAAGCUUCUGGAUAGGUUAUAUGCUAAGCAGAAUAUAUUCAGGUAAAAUAUGUUCAAUGAUAUGAACAUUUUUGUUCCAUCAGUUAAUAAUUAUGGACCAUACUAACCUAAAAGUAUCCUUUGAAUAUUAUAGUGCUACUACCAGUGAAAUGAAAUUGUUCAUCAUACUAACCUAGGCAAAACAUUGAUGAAAUCUACAUGUCAGCUGAAUUCUGCCCCCACCCAAAAAAGGCAGCCUUAGAACAAGGUACUGAAUGGAUAUAUUCGUUUCUGUGGCAAACUUGAUACUGGUCUUUAUAAUGGAUGCUAAUGAAAAUAAAGAGCCAUGUUUAUUUUGGGUCA